AUGGUGAGCUUCAGGACAGAAGUUUCAAACUACAAGUUAAAAGGGAAAGGAAAAAUAACAGAGAAUCAAUUAGUGACUCAAGCUAACCAGAAUCAGAGAUAUUAUGGAAGAGUUACGCCCACCUCUUCAAGCCAACAGGGCCAGCCAAAUGCUAACAAUGACAUGCAUCAUCCUGAUAUGGGGAAUGGAACUCUAUCGGAUCAGAACCAGAAUGGGGCAGCUCAAACGGAGAUUUUUGAAAAAGGAGAAAGUGGAGUAAAUUCCAGUCCUGCUGUCAGAACAACGCAACUUCAGCUUCCUCAGUUUUCGCUCCAACUCAUGGAAACAGUAACAGAUACUAUAGAAACUAGAGUUCCAAGAGUUGUAUAUGGAAUGAGUCAGAAUCUACUAGUGAACGAAUAUACAGUUAUGGAGGGAAGCUCAACUCCGAGAGGUACAGGUGAGUCACAGAUUAUGGCAGUGGUGGAGGAAUUGGUGAUGAACAAUCCUUAUGAUAAUCUCCAUGACGUCAAUCAAAACAGUAUGGAUGAUGGGAAUAUCAGGUAG